AUGAGACCUACCCAAGCUCUUGCCUCGGGACCUAGCAUCCCCCACGGAAAGUACAGCCACCACCUCGGCUGGUGGGGUCACAUUGGUGGCGAGAAGCAGAGAGGCAUCAUCACCUACGGCAUUGCCCCCAACCGCCAGAACCCCUUCGCCGGUGCCGCCCACGAUGCCGUCUUCAACACCUGGCGCCGCUUCAGCGCCCAGGUCCUUUACUUCCUGCCUCCCCUCGUUGCCGGCUGGUACAUCAUGGACUGGGCCACCCACCGCCUCCCCGAUGAGGAUUCGGAGGUAUCGAAGGAGCGGGUUCCGACUAACACUCGCCACAGCAACCACUACCUGAACUCCAAGCAGGGCCGCGCUGAGUUCGGUGACUCUGAGGAGUAA